AUGGAUCAACCUAAUCAAAUUAUACCUACUCAAUAUGUCAUGAAUGAAGUUGGUUCAGCAGCAACAACUGAAGUUGUUAGACUAGAAUUAGUUAAUACCCAACCUACAAAGAAGAGGAAAGCUGGUGCAAGUGGUUCUAGGCAAUCAUCUGCUUGUUGGGAGCACUUUAUUAGAUUACCAGAUGACUUAGUUGAUACACCAACUGCAGCUUGUAAACAUUGCCACAAAAAAUACCUAUGUGACCUUAGGACUCAUGGCACCACCAACAUGAACCAUCACAUUUUAAAAUGUGCAAAGAAGCUUAGAACCACUGAUCCCACCCAAACUAUUCUUACAUACCCCUCUGUAGAAGGAUCUAGUUUGGGUCAUGUUAGCUCCAAAUUUGACAAGCAAGCUUGUAGAAAAGCUUUAUCAAUUUUUGUGGUUCUAGAUGAACAACCAUUUAGUGCAGUUGAGGGGGAAGGUUUUAAGUACUAUUCUAAAGUAAUGCAGCCCCAAUUUACUCUCCCAUCUAGACUUAUUCCAAACCACAAGGGUGACACGGUAGGUAGGAAGAUUGAAGAGGUGUUAAGGGAUUGGGGAAUUAGGAAUGUGUCUACCAUAACUGUUGAUAAUGCAACUUCAAAUGAUGUAGCUGUAGCAUAUUUGCAUAGAAAAAUAUCAACUAUGAAUGGGACGAUGGGGGAUGGAAAAUGUUUUCAUAUGAGGUGUGUUGCUCACAUAUUGAAUUUGGUGGUAAAUGAGGGUUUAAAAGAUAAACAUUUGUCUAUUACUAGUGUUAGGGAUGCUGUUAGAUUUGUCAAGUCCUCACCUCAUAGGGCAACCAAGUUUAAAGAAUUCAUUGAAUUUGCUGGAAUAGCUUGUAAAAAACUAGUAUGUCUCGAUGUUUCAACUCGUUGGAACGCGACAUAUUUGAUGCUUGAGGUUGCAGAGAAGUUUCAAGCUGCUUUUGAUAAGCUUGAGUAUGAAGAGUCGAGCUAUAGGAAAUUCUUUGGAAAAGGUAGUCCUCCUAGUAGUGAUGAUUGGGACAUUGUUAGAGCUUUUAUCUCUUUUUUAAAGUUAUUCUAUGAAGCAACUAAUGUUUUUUCCACAUCUCAAAGUGUGAGUUUGCAUAGUGCUUUUCACCAAGUGCCUGCGAUCUAUUGUGAGCUAAAGCAAGCUACUAGGAACUUGAAUGGUGUUUUUGCAAGUGUGGGUGGGGACAUGAUGGAAAAGUAUAAUAGAUAUUGGGGGUGUGCUAGUAAUAUGAACAAGUUGAUUUAUUUUGGAAUUAUUUUGGAUCCAAGAUACAAGUUGAGUUAUAUUGAGUGGACUUUUAAGGAUAUGUAUGGAGUUGGAUCUGUGUUUGCUACCGGGUUGAUCAAAUCUAUAAAAGAGAGAUUACAAAAAUUGUAUGAUUGGUAUAAGCAAGCUUAUGACCAAAAUCAUAAUAGACAACCUCUUGGUAGUGGUGAAAACAAUGUUUCCAAUGAUGAAACAAUAGUUGGCCGUCCUUCACUAAUGGCUAGAGCCGAUGCUUUUAAGCAACAUUUAAAGGAACAAGACUCGAUUGAUCAAAAAAAUGAGCUUGAGGGUUUUUACUCUACUAAAGAUAUUUUUGCCACACCAGUGUCUAUGGUUGCAUCAGAAAGUGCCUUCAGUACAGGAGGGAGAGUCUUAGAAACUUAUAGGAGCUCCCUAAAACCUGAAAUGGCAGAGGCAUUAAUUUGCACCCAGAAUUGGUUAAAGCCGUCUUUUACUUAUUUCAAAGACUUGAACCUCAUGGAAGAUUUUGAGCUUUCUGAAGAUAUUAUAAAUUUGAAGAAAUUUCUUCAGCAGCAAGAAAAGGAUCUUUACCGUCUCAGCCACAACCUUCUGGUUGUGCUUGAAAAAUAUGGAGUUGGUAAUGUCAUGGUCGGUUGUCCAAUAGAACAUUUUGAGGCCAUGCAGGAACAACUUGUUUUGAUUUGGGUAUGUUUUAUGAGUUUUUACCUUAUGCUGAGAAAUGUUGAAAUUGGUUUUGAAUUGCAGGUUAGGUUGUCUAUAAAAGCUCUUGAAGAUGAAGGUAUGGUGGAAGUGGCUUAUGUGGAAGUGGAAGCACUUGUAAUUCAAGAACCAAAACUUGACACAAAUAUUUUGAGUCCUAUCAUCCAAAGACCAACAAUUUGCAACUGUCUGUGUGGAAGUAGCAUAACAAUUGUUAUUUUGGAUUGA